CUCCGUGCUCGGGGCUGCUCGCCGCCCGACCGAGCGAAGUCAUGCUAGGCAAGGACUAUAUGCUGGCCAUCAUCCUGGUCAACUGCGACGACAACCUAUGGAACGACCAGAAUCUGGAGGCAGAUCUUGAUCUUCCCCCAGGAUGGAGGAAAAUCCACGACUCCUCUGGGACCUACUACUGGCAUGUGCCCACGGGCACCACCCAGUGGCAACACCCAUCUUGCCCCUCUGGUUUAGCGCACACUGGGGAAGCUGCAUUGCCAGAAACGGAUCUUCAGGUUGCAACAUUAAGACGUCUGCCAAGGGAGAGACCUAUCCCAAGUCCGAUGGCAUCGCUGCCCAGAAGGACAUCAGUGAGCUGGCAUGGGGAGGAGCAUCACCAGGGCAACCCAGAGCUUGGCUCCAAGUGCUUUGUUGUGCGUUCGCUGGGCUGGGUAGAGAUCCCUGAGGAGGACUUGGCUCCUGGCAAAAGCAGCAUUGCCGUGAAUAACUGCAUCCAGCAGCUCUCCCAGAACAAGUGUGACGACUGGGAUCCUGCGGACAGGUGGGGCGAGGGCCAAAACAUGGUGAUGAUCCUGAAGAAGGACACAAUGAGUUUAGUGGAUCCUUUGGACCAGAGCCUCAUCCACUCCCAACCCAUCAUCAACAUCCGUGUCUGGGGUGUGGGCUGCAACCAUGGCAGGGACAGGGAUUUUGCUUUCGUGGCCAGUGACAAGGACACGUGUAUGCUGAAGUGCCACGUCUUCCACUGCAAUGUGCCUGCCAAGGCCAUUGCCAAGGCCCUGCAUGAAAUGUGCUCCAAGAUCAUGGCUGAGCGAGCCGUGGCAAGUAACAGCCUCAGCCGAUCUGUUACCUUUGAACCUGUCACUCCAGAUGACUUCUCUCUACAAGUUGACAUUCUGGAUGCCGUGGGAGAGUCUGUCCGGAAAUAUGAAGCUUUGUAUAUUGGCACCUCACCAGUGUCCAAGGCCAUGGGGAUGGAUGUGCUAAAUACUGCCAUUGAAGACCUGGUGGGCAGCCGUGGCCGUGACCAGUGGACUCCAUCUGUUGUCAGUGUUUCAGACUCAGUGAUGCAAGCAGACCAAGCUGAGGCUGAGGCUGAGGACGGCUCUUGCCUGUGGGAAUGUCAGGUCCGCUAUGUGACUUUUAUUGGGAUUGGGAAAGACUCCCACACCUUCGCACUCAUCACUGACAUGGGCCAACAACGUUUCCAGUGCACAGCUUUUUGGUGUGAGCCAGAUGCCGGCACCAUCUCAGAAGCGGUGCAGGCCGCAUGCAUGGUCCAGUAUCAAAAGUGCUUAGUGGCUUCUACAUCGCGAAUGAGACCAAAGAGUGGCUCACGCUCCAUCCUGAAGAUGAAAAGGACAGUGUCAGUGGACUCACCAGUCUGUUCCUUUCCUGUCACAGGGCACUCCCUGCAGAAAAAUGGCAGCGCGGCCACUACACGCAAGAGGGGUUUAUUCUCAUUCUUCGAAGCAUUUCGCCAAAAACAUUCCAUGCUACACACCCCUUAGCCCAAAAGAUAUGGUGUGAGACAGGGAUGGUGGGCCCCUUGUGAUACUUAACAGUGGCCUUCCUUUGAUAUCCAGGUUCAGAAUGUAAAUAGCAUACUUUUGUCUGUUGACUCUUUCACUGAAUCUAAGAGCCAACAGAUCCAAGCAAAUCUGGCCCCUGAGAGAGGACUGUGGCUCAUUCUAGACAUGUUAUGCAUAGUUUUGCUAGUCCUUUGCCAUGUAGAUGCUAUGAGAAAGAAGCAAUGUUAUUUUCAGGGGGAAGAACAAACAAAGCUGCACCUGAAUGUUUCGAUAAUGUUCCUUGGCAUGUGGAGUAGGCAGCAUCCAAUGCAUCACACAGGCUUAAAACGUUGCUCCUGCUUGCCAAGGGUGGCUUAUGGAACAGGGCACAGCAGGCAUGCCAGCUUGAAGCAGUAGCUCCACUUGGUUUUUUGCAGUAAAAGCUGUGAGUCACUCUUCCUUCCCCAGCUUGUAGCAUGAAUGCUUGGCAUACGAAACCUGACUGCAACCCUAGGCAGGCCAUGGAAAAGCCACUUGUGUUCAUUUGCGGCAGCAAAUAGAUGCUUGUGAGCCUCUGGAUUUAUCAGAUGUCAGUACAGAUACACAUUUCCCUUGAAAAGUGACGAAUAGUCUCUUCUUUUUGAAUCCGCAUACUGAGACAUAAGGACUCUCUCAACCCCUCUCCCUCCCUAAAACUGCUCCAUAACAGUUCAGGGGGCACGGAGGGGGAGGAGGGGGGUGUCACAUUUUAUUGUUCAAUUGGAUGUUCUUCACACAGUGCUAUGUUGGCUACAGCCCAUACACUGUUCCUUCAAUGCCACCACACUAUUAUCUCUUCACAGUAUAGCCUGCAACAGGCCUGUGGUUCUUUGGCAACGUCUGGGCUAAUCCUUUAACUUCUGUACGUGCUGUAGCAACUAUUCUUUUGAAACAAGCCAGUGACCAUAAUGAAGCCUAGAAUAAUCAAAGGGUGCACUUAGCUCCGGUGCUCACUAGCAAAAUGUCUGGUAUGUGAGUGAGAGAGAGGCACCAGCACUCAUUACUGUCCUAUUAACACCAGCAUGCCUAGUCAGGCACUUGGAUUGGGAACAAUGAAUUGACCAGAAUAUCACUGUAGGACCCAAUGCUGGCUAGCAACUCUGACAGACACAAGUGAUUCACACUUGUAAAAUGUAGGUAAGGAGAAUAUAAAGCUGCCUGUGGAUUCCCCCCCCCCCAUUUUUUUUUAAAAAGGAAAAGCCUAUAAAUAUUGAGAGCUUAUUGUACCAACACUGGCAAAAGUGACUGCUGAGUCCUAUUUGAUCUGUGUCUAGAAAUGUGGAGUGCGGCUGGUGCGAUGAAAAGGUAAAUCUCCAAACACGUUCCUUUCUUUUUCUGUUUGGGAGAUAAGGUAACCCAUCAACUUUAUCUUAUUUAUAACUAGCCCCAGAUUAAGAUAGACUCAUGUCUACCUCAGUGAUACUUUAUAUCUGAUCAUUUGUGCAAAUAAACUACUAAUAUGGAAGAAAUCUA